AUGGCCAGCCGGCCAUUUUCCUUCGUGCCUUCAUGGUUGAUAUUUUGUGUUACCGCCGUACUGGCGGCAACUAAUGUUCCCAACGAAUUCUCCAGCUUCAUCCCCAGCUGUGCUGCCGAAUGUUUCGCUUCUUUCUUAAACGUCAACUAUGUCCUCGAUACCUGCACAGGGAGACACUUAUUGGAUUGCCUAUGUCCUCGAAUAGGCGCAUUGGGCUUCACUUUGGGUGAAGGCGCAAUGCAAUGUAUAUCAGCUGAACGAUCCAUUGGACUUUGUUCGACAGUCGAAGCGAGUGAACGAGUUAUUGAGCGCGCGUAUGCCAUCUGUAAUGGGAGGCCGAAUGCAGCUCACCCAACUCAUCUCACCAUCACAGCAACAUUGGUUAUGGAUCCUUCAGGAAGAGGAGUUGUCACUUUCCCUCCUGUGGUUAAAUCGAGUACUACAACAAGCCCGGAAACUUCGACCACUACCCAGUCAUUACCUACAACACUGGUAAUGGAUACAUCGUCGCCUCCUGUCAUUCCAAGACCAUCGACCAGAACAAGGAUACGAUCGACAACAAAGGAGGAUAUCUCUACAGAUUUUCCAGACGAAACUACUUCUGCUUCGGAUAUUAUUUCGAUUAGCGAACCUCCGUUUACUAGAUCUACGACUUUCGAAACCACAAAGUCUACUUCCACUUUUACUUCAGAGACCGAGACCACCACAGAGGCAGCGGGUGGCGCUGGCGGAACGAGCAAAGACGAAGACAGUGAUGAUUCCAACAAGCUCUCCACAGAGCAGAUCGCUGGUAUAUCAGUAGGAGUUCUUGCCGCGGUUGGAGUGGCAGUGGGAGCUAUCGUUCUGGCAAGGUACUGUCGGCGAAGAAAGUAUCCACAUGUUAAGACUGGUUUUCUCCCUAUGCGGGAUACUUGGGGUUACAAGGCAGAUCGAUCUGACAAUGGCGGACACAACUCUUGGAUGGUUCACCAACUUCGUCCCGACUUGGACCCUGGAAGUCAAGCACCACCACCUCCUGCGUACAACAGAGCGAAUGCCAGACCUGAGAAUAUCGGUGUUGCGUUGUCGCCUCCUUCUUCGAACCGAAAUACGGUGAAUUCUUCUCCCCUGAGAAGACUGUCGAAGCUACUCCCUGCAAAGCCAACUUUGCCACACCAAUCUUCUGAAUCCACUGGCGAAAAGCCCCUGCCUCCUAUCAAGCCAGAACAGGAAGACAAUGGACAACCAGAUCGAGGCACGAGCCCUCAACUUCCACAGCCAGCACUUACUGCUGCCUCUGUUGCCGCUGUCACCGCUAUUGCCGCUUCAUCCCCCAGAUCUCGACCCAUGCCACCAAAGCUGCAUAUUCCUCCGGCUGAAAUGUCCGCAGGCGGAGCUGUGGGAGCGAACAACCGCGAAAGCAACGUAACUGAGUUCGAGGAAGACCGUACGUCGAUGUCUCCUAACAAUGUCAAUACACAAGUCUGGAGACCCCCACCAUCGACUCCUUUGUCAGCCACCACCUAUUAUGUUGCUGAUCAGUACGGUAACUGGAUCCUUGGUAACCCAAAACGUGCAUCUGUGAUAGCACGGGGUUCGCAAGAUUCCAAUGGAUCUCAGGGAGGUGCUUUAAAGACACUAUCAAAAGAUGGCAACGGCUCUCUUGGCAACACGGGACAAACCAGUGCCCGAACUCUUGCUCCUCCAGCAGAGAUUGUUCCUGCGAGUGCUCAAAACAAACCGUACGGACCACGCCCACAGUAUCCUUCACCCUUCUUCUCAUCACAAUCUCACCCGCGACGUAGUGCUUCUUCCCGUCGGUCAAUUACCAGGCCAUUGACUCGCCCACGCGAAGACUCCAACAGUAGUAGUGCCACGACUAUUACCACGUCGACCGAGUCUUCCAUGAGCAUCCCUUCCGUGACGCUUGAACAGCAAGUCAGCCUCUCUCCUGUUGCAGAGUCCCCUCAGUCCGUGCGAGUUCGUCAACAACAGCAGCAACAGCCUCAAAUACCGCCGCGAGAUCCUCGACGGGCAAGCCAGAUGGGCAACCCGGGCGAUAAUGUCAAUGCCAGAUUGGCCCCUCCUUCGCGACAAAUAUUCUACAGUCCUCCUGGCCAACCAAGUCCAACAUUGGGCAUGAUGCAGCCUCCUUCUGCAUAUAACGCAGCACGACAGCAGCCAGGACCUCAAAAUACUCAAGCUAUCCCGAACUCAGGACUCGAGACAACUUCUCCAACGAUGCGCAUUGUUGAACCGUCUCCCGAGCCAGAGGACAAUAUCGCAGAUCCACCCGCUGUCAAGCCAGAAGAGAUUCGUGCUUCCCCCUUUUACUUUAACCCGCCAUAUCCUCAACCUAUCCAAGGCCGUCAACCGUCACAGCAACAUCGUCGGUCUGCUUCGGGGUCUCAACCUCAAAACUACCGACCGUAUCAAAGGCCUCCCUCUUUCCAACCGUCUCCCCGUGAGCAACAAGCAGCUUGGCAACCUAUCCAGCGCCUUCACUCUCACCACCAACAACAACGCCACCAGCCUCAGCAGCAGCAUAACGUGUGGCAUCCAGCACAGCGUAAUCCUCAAUCGUACCAAUCUUUCCAACAACAGCCUCCUUUACAGCCCUACCAGCGCCCACCGCAUUCAAACAUCUACCAACAGCAACCUCAUAUGCACCAAUCAUUCCAAGCACGACAAAAUCAACAGUCCCAACCUCAAAGCCAGGGAAGCUACCAAUCGUUUCAACCAUAUUCUGCACCGCAACAGACCCAAAUACACCCUUCACAGUAUCAAAACUAUCGUCCUCCUCAACCUAUGACCACGCCACUUGCCCAAUCUGGGAGCCAGGAUUCACUCCUUUCCAAGCGUGUCGGUUUUGAUCGUGCUGCUGACAUGACUAUUGGCACCGAUCCCGCUGGCAAAUCAAAGUGGAAUCGUGAUGUUCAAAACAGUACACCCCCAAGCUAUCCCAUGUCACCUCAUUGGCAGCCAACAUUGACCCCUACACGGCGAGGAGACGACCUGGUUCUGAAUGUGCAGUGA